AAAAAAAAUUUAACACUCUCAAAAAUCUCAAAUGGCUUCUAUUUUCAACAUUCUUUUCCUCACUCUCUUCCUUGCCCUAGCUUUCCAAGCUUAUGGACAACCCUGUGCUUUGAGUGCUAUUGAGGUUAAACAAACCAAAACAUCAGGCUCAGUGUGGAAUGUUACUGUGACCAACACCUGUAUUUGCACUCAAACUGAAGUGAAGUUCAAUGUCAAUGGAUUUAAAUCAAGCACACCUGUUGAUCCAGCAAUAUUUAGCCAAGAUGGUCUUCUCAUUCAAGGAGCACCACUUUAUGGAUUUAAAUCUGUCUCCUUCACCUAUACUUCUGAUUCUCAAUUUGCAUUUAAACCAAUUUCUUCCCAAGUUGCAUGUUCUUAGAUUUUAGAAGUAUAUUUUAUUGUUAAACAAAAAUAACAAUAAUUAGUUUUGAAACCACUAUUAGGCGUUAUAUUGUAAUAGCCAUAUUUGAUAUUUUCUGUUUCUUUUUAAAUUUUUAUAUUAAUUCAGUUUUUAUUUA